AUGUCGAAAUCAAGAUCUCAAUCUCCGUCCAAGGGCAAGGAAGCGCAAGAUGCUGACAGUGUCUUGGACGUUUCUUGGGACGCGCCGCCUCCGUACGAGCUGCAUUCCUCAGGAUCAGUCUUAGCCAGCACGUCGCGCGUCAACGGCCAUGGAGGGGUCGAUAUUGAGUUCUCGUCGCUGCAGCCCGAUGAAGUCAAUCGCCUUCUUCCUCCCGACAAAGCCCAAGACGUUGAACCAACCAGCAGCAUCCCCGCCGCUGCUCCCUCUGGGCCAUGUCCAGCUCUCAAUGUCGUCAUCCAAGUUGUCGGUAGUCGAGGCGAUGUACAGCCUUUCAUUGCCCUCGGCGUCGCUCUCCAACGAUACGGCCACCGCGUACGAUUAGCCACUCAUGAUACCUUCACAGACUUUGUCCGUUCAUCGGGCCUGGAGUUUUACCCCGUCGGGGGAGACCCUGAGGAUCUCAUGGCCUACAUGGUCAAGAAUCCUGGAUUGAUUCCUUGCAUGGAAAGUCUUCGAGGAGGCGAUAUCUGUCGAAAGCGCGUCAUGAUCCACGAUAUGCUAAGAGGCUUUUGGAGCUCUUGUGUCAAGCCGGACCUUGUAUCAAAUCGUCCCUUCGUCGCCGAUGCUAUCAUUGCAAACCCGCCUAGUUUCGCUCACGUCCACUGCGCCCAGGCAUUGGGUAUUCCACUUCAUAUGAUGUUCACGAUGCCUUGGACGGCGACGAGAUCGUUCCCUCAUCCUUUAGCGAAUAUUCAGUCCAAGAAUAUGGAUCCCAGGGCUUCCAACUAUCUCAGUUACGGUGUUGUUGAUCUAAUGACUUGGCAAGGACUUGGAGAUGUCAUCAACUCUUGGAGAGUUAAAGACUUACAACUGGACCCGUUAGCAGCCGCUGUUGGUCCCGAUAUCGUUGGCCUCAUGAAGGUGCCCUACACCUAUUGCUGGUCACCGGCUCUGGUUCCCAAGCCAAAAGAUUGGGGAGACAGCAUUGAUAUUUGCGGAUUCUUCAUGCGAGACGAACCCUCUUAUACACCUCCCCAAGAUCUCGCAAACUUCCUAGCAAGCGGGCCACCGCUAGUUUAUGUCGGCUUCGGAAGUAUCGUCAUCGAUGACCCUACCGCCCUGACGAACAUCAUCAAGGAGUCUUGCCGGGCUGCAGGAGCCAGAGUAAUUAUAUUGCGAGGCUGGAGCAAGCUCGGUGGAACUGACCCCAGCACUGAAUCUGUCUUCUACCUGGGUGAUUGCCCUCACGAAUGGUUGUUCAAGCGCGUUGCUGCUGUUGUCCAUCACGGUGGCGCAGGUACCACGGCUUGUGGUCUCGUCAAUGGCAGACCGACCACUAUUGUACCAUUCUUCGGCGACCAGCCCUUUUGGGGAAGUGUAGUUGCAUCCAACGGAGCAGGUCCACCACCCAUCGCCUACAAGAGCAUCUCCGUGGACAAACUCAGUUCGGCGAUCAAAUUCUGCCUCAGUCCGGAUGCCCAGGCCGCUGCCAACAGGAUUGCAACGCAGAUGAAACAGGAGAGCGGUGUUACUACAGCAGUCAACUCUUUCCAUCGGCAUCUCCCCAUAGCCAACCUCACCUGUGAUCUCACUCCCCACAACGCUGCCAAAUGGGAAUACGUGGGAAAGUCGAAGAAGGGUAGCAAAGGCCAUGUCAUUGUAUCGAACACAGCCUUGAAAGUACUUUUAGACUCCAAGAAGUCCAAUUUGGCAGACUUUGCGCCACUCCGACCGAAGGAGUACCUCGUUGAGAACGAACGCUGGGAUCCUUUGACGGCUGGAGCUUCAUCGGUUCUAGGCACCAUGCCAGAUUUUACUUCUGCCCUAGGCGGUGCAUUCAUCGACCCCUUCAAAGACGUAAAGCGUGUCCGACCAGACGGCACUCGUCGCUCAGCAGGUACAGCGACAGCAGUUGCAAGUGGAAAGGCUCUUCAGGGUAUGACGACUGCUGUAGUGAAGGGAUCGCUAGUUGAUGUCCCAUUGGCGUUAGCUGAAGGACUUCGCAAUACCCCGCGGUUGUACGGAGAGAAGGUACAGGAUCAUGGGCCUGUGACAGACUGGAAGAGCGGCAGCACAGUCGCAGCAAAGAACUUUGGAGUUGGCUUUUACGAAGGCUUAACCGAUAUCGUAACGAAACCAAUGAAGGGGGCCAAAGAAGAGGGCGCUUUGGGCUUUUUCAAAGGCGUUGGGAAGGGGUCUCUCAACAUGGUUGCAAAACCAGGCAGUGGUAAGCUUAGGAUGCGUACUCUAGGCUCUUUGCAGCAUGUCGGCUAA